AUGAAAAUAAAUGAUGAAAAAAUUUUCAUUCAUUUAAAUAAACAUGGAUUUUCUGCGACGUCUUUGGAUUUGAAAAACGAGGAAAAACUAAAGCAUUAUAUGAAACAUCAUCAAAAUUUGUUAUUUCCUUUAUUUGAUCAUCUGUUGAUUUGGAAACUUAAUAAUAAAUGCUAUGCUAUUGAUUCUCAAUCAAAAAAUUAUAGAUUCCUGAAUGUAGAUGAUAAUGAAUUAAACUUGGAUUUAUUAGUGGUAUUAAAAGUUAAAAAUGAUGAUAAAGACCUAGAAUUUUCGUAUUUUUCUUAUCAACAAGAUAUUUUAGGAGAAUAUCAAUUAAAUAUAGGUUCUAUUAUAUGGAAAAUCGAAAAAGAUGAAUUAGGAAUACAAACAAUCAUAAUUGAAGAAAAUCUUAAUAAACUGAUGGAGGAAGAUGUGAAAGAGUUUAUUAAAAUGUUAUUUGAGAUCAAAAUAAAUGUGAAUUAUCUUGAAAGCCGGAUAGAUAAAUAUAAAAAUCUGAUCAAAGAAUUUAUUAAAAUGAAAAAGGAAGAUUAUGAUAAAUGGAAAAAUAAAAUCAGAGAAUUAAUGAAAGAUUUAAAUAAACGGAUAACUACUAUUAAAGAAUUAGCAAAAAAGAAUAAAUUUAUAAUUAAGAUUAAAGAAAAAUAUUUGCAUGUUAAUGUAGAUUUGAUUCGUUUAUUAGGUGCAGAUAAAUAUUUAAGAGAUCAAUUAGAUCAAUUUAAAAUUGACAUAAAAUUCUAUGCUUGCAAAUCAUUAUAUAAUAAUGACAUUGCUCUGCAAACAGAGAUUGGCAUUUUCAUUUUCCAUUUAAAUAAUGAUGAGGGUUCAAUUUUUUUGAAUUAUUUUUAUUAUACGUAUCUGAAGGGAACAAUCGAAAAUAUCAGUAAUAUUACUGGGUAUCCAGAGGUUGAUGGUAAAGAUAAGUAUUAUGUAUUUGUUAGUGGAUGGGUUUCAUAUAUUCAAAAUAAUAAUGAAGAAUUUUCAAAAUAUGGUUCUGCAUUAUUAAUAUAUGCGAUUGAGAAAAAAGUUUCAUAUCUAAUAGAUGAUAUUUAUAAUAAGUGUUUACAUCACUUUGAACAAGAUUUAGAUAAUAAUAUCAAUAUUUUAAAUGUUAUUAAUGCAUCAAUGCCAUUAUUGGAUAAAUAUUAUCCUGAAUAUAUAGCAAGAUAUUCAUUAGAUACAAUCAUGAUAAUGGAUUCUCUUGAAUGUGAAAUUGAACGUCUUUUAACUUCACAUCUUUAUCACUUUUCCAAUAUGAAAAUUGUUGAUUUAACACCAUCUAUUAUUUGGACAAAGUAUACAAUUAAAGUGGAUGAUAUGUAUUAUCAUGAUAGAAGGAGAAUAAUUCGGUCAUUAAUGAAGAUUUAUUUUGCAAUCCAAAAUACUUUCUAA